ACUCUCAUAUAACAGAUUCGCUCACUCCGCUCCAGACAAACCAAUCAGAUCGAAUGCCGCUACUCUAGUACCAGAAUUCAUACAAGUUUCUGUUUUCUCAUACAAAAGCUAUGACGAGGAGACAAGUCAAUACUCGCCGACCGGGUGAUCCUAAAUCAACCUCUUCUCCCAUCUUAUAUGUCGCUCUUCUUGCCGUGGGAGCAUUGCUUAUUCUUGCCUAUUCCCCAAGUGGCAGAGGCGGACUUGGUAGUAUUAAAGGGGCUGUUAGCCGGGUUCAAGGUGAUUACUCAUGCACAGCGGAAGUCCAGCAAGCGAUUCCUGUUUUGAAGAAAGCAUAUGGUGACGGCAUGCAUAAGGUGUUGCAUGUUGGCCCUGAUACUUGUACAGUGAUUUCUAAAUUGUGGCGUGAGGAGGAAACUGAAGCCUGGGGUGUGGAUCCAUACGAUGUAGAGGAUGCUGAUAGAAGUUGCAAAGCUCUUGUGCGUAAAGGCAUAGUGCGUGUUGAGGAUAUCAAGUAUCCACUUCCGUACAGACCUAAAUCGUUUUCUCUUGUCAUUGUUUCGGAUUCUUUGGAUUAUCUCUCUGAAAGGUACCUCAACAAGACCCUCCCGGAUCUGGCAAGGGUAUCAGGUGAUGGUCUUGUAAUCUUUACUGGCUCUCCUGGCAAGCAGAGAGUUAAAGCAGCUGAGGUCUCCAAGUUUGGUAGGGCGGCUAAAUUAAGGAACACAGCCUGGUGGACUAAGUUUUUUAGGCAGGUUAGCUUAGAAGAGAACGAAGGUGCCAGCAAGAAGUUUAAUGCUGCUGCAACAAAGAUGUCAUUUGUCUCAAACUGUCAAAUUUUCCACCUCAGGUCAUUCAAUUGACAUAUUCACAUAUUCGUCUCUGUCUUGAAGCUGAUAGUCUCAGUAAUUUUUACCACGAUCUGUCUAGCCUUAUCCUUUACAUAUGUUUAUUCUUACAUUGAAAUUGUUCUGGAAGUAAAACAUAAAUUACUAUGGUGAAUCAUGAGUUCAGAUGUGUCGGAUAAAUUAGUUAUUGUGAUUGAUUGCUGUAGGUUUGUA